UCAAAUUCAGUCACGAAAAGUAGCUAAAAAGUCAUCUUUAACGUUUUAUAAGUAACGGAGUAGGAUGUUUUUUUUUCUAGAGUUAAAUAUCAUUUAAGUCUAAAUCUAGCUAUCUGGUAAUUAAAAAAUGAAAAAAAAAUGCUUACAUGAAAAAAAAGCAGAAAAAAAAAGUAAUACUAUCAAAAGAUUUAAUUACCAGAGGGAAAAACAAACAAAAGAAAGAAUGUGACCUAAACGUCACCACCAGCGUCACGUCACCACAUUACAAUAAAACUGAUGAAAGCAGUUCCUUACAAUGAAAACACAGGGUAUUAAAAUUUGCUAACUAAAGUUUCUGUUUGAAAGCUGAUAACAGUUCGACAAAAUGGCUACUGAAACACAUAUCACAUCGAAUCAAACGCUAAACACUAAAGAUAGUAGUUUUGAUGUUAGUGAUGAAGUAUAUUACCUUUUGCUUUUUGUAACUAAUGCUAUUAUAGCAAACAUUUUGUCUCUCAUAGGAAUCUUGGGAAGUAUACUGAAUGUAAUAAUUUUAUCUCAUCAUAAAAUGCAGGAUACAACUAAUGUGGUUUUGUUGGCCAUUUCGGUUUGUGACCUCAUUUAUUCUAUUACACAAAUAUCUUUUAAUUUUAACCAAUUUGCAAAAUCUUUAAUAAAUUUGUACAUCUUUCAAUGGGCUGCAGUAACAAACUUACUUAUCUUUGACCGAAUCAAUUAUUUUGCUAUCAUUGUUAGUAUACAUUUAGUAACUUUAGUUUCUAUUGAAAGAAUGGUCGCUGUCUGUUUUCCUUUCCUUGUUUCAAGAGUUUUUACACUAUAUCGUAUGAAAUGCAUUAUCAUUAGUAUAGUUUGUUCUAAUAUUGUUUUGAGAAUUCCAUUUUAUUUUAAAUUUGAGAUGUAUUUUGAUGAAUACAAAAACGUAACCAUGCCAUUUCUAAGAUAUGGAGAUUUAUUUUUUCAAAAUAUCUCUUUCUUUAAUACCUACUCCAGAAUAUCAGCUCUAUUUCUUUAUUCGAUACUUCCUUUUUUUGUUAUUUUCAUAUGUACUUUUGCCACUAUAUUUCAUAUUUCUAUAACAUCUAAAACUAAUAAAGCUUUGUCUUCAAUGGAAGCUAUAGCUAAGCGUAAAAAAGAAAUGAAAUCUGUAAAAAUAGUUUUAAUUAUUUGUGUAUUAAUUAUGUUUCUUGUUUUAAUUCCAUUAUUCGUGCAACAGGUACUUUUUGUAUUUGCAUUAGUUCAAAUAUCUCAAAAGCUGUCAUUGAUAACAUUUUGGAUCGUCAAUAUACUUGUUCAGUUAAACUCUUCAUUUAAUUUUGUUAUUUACGUGACAGGUAGUCCAAAAUUUAAACGAACUUUAAUGAAAAUGUUUUAUUCAAAAAGAUUGUUAAAAGUGCAAAGUUAA